AUGAAGCUGUCUUCGUUCCCCAAUUCCCUCGCUCUCAUCCUCAUCCUACUCACAACUGCCCUCCUCCUGACUCCGGCCGCACGGACUCGCCCUUCCGGACCGUCGGUCGUCCACCUCCACGGCCGCAGCAGCCGCCGCGCCUCCCGGGACGCCGCCUUCCGUCCUCCCCAUACGCCACCGCCUCCGGAGCGGGCGGAGGAGAUGGACCCCAGAUACGGCGUCGAGAAGCGCCUCGUCCCCACCGGCCCAAACCCCCUCCACAACUAG